CAUGCAGAACUAAAGCAACACAUAUCAACACAAUCUGUAUAACCAUGAAAACCACAACAGCUUCGGUGUUUCUUCUUUUCAUCAUCUUCUCAAUCACACCAUUGUCCUUUUCGUUUGGUGUGGCCAACACUACAAACGCUCCUGUGCUCGACAGUGAUGGCAACGAGCUCCGCACAGGCACCCCAUACUUCGUUGUGUCGUCGAUAUGGGGUGCUGGUGGUGGGGGGCUUGCCCUAGGCAUGCCUAGAGGAAAGCCAUGCCCGGAAGUCGUUGCUCAAAGAGGAUCCGGUGACGAUGGUAUUCCGGUGAUAUUUUCUAAUUCGGACUCCAACGAUGGCGUUGUUCGCCUAUCCUCUGACAUAAACAUAGAGUUCAUUCCCCUCAGACCCAGAUUUUGCCAAACAACAACGGUGUGGAAGGUCGAUGAUUACGACCACUCAGCCGGAAAAUGGUGGGUGAUAACCGAUGGGGUUAAAGGGAACCCAGGUGCCAACACUUUGACCAGUUGGUUUAGAAUAGAGAAGGCGGGUGAUCUUGAUUACACAUUUAAGUACUGCCCCGCUGUACGUGGAACAUGCCCAGCCUUAUGCAACAAAAUUACGAGAGACUCAGAUGGAGAAAUGAUACGUUUGGCUCUCUCCGCUGGCCAUGGAUGGCCAUUUUUCUUUAAGAAACUUCAAACAUCAGCCAUGGAGAUUGAACAAGUUGUUCAUAAUUAGAUUGAAAGCAAUCAUUAUGCAUGAACUAGUAGUUACUAUACAAUAUUAGCUUCAAGUAAAUAAUGCUGAGAGAACUGAUUGUUAAGAUUGCCUUGUUUGAAGCAGCAGCAUGUAUAUAUAUAUAUAUGCUUGCUUACAAGGUUUGUCUCUCAGAGUCCUUCUCUUUGUACUCUUUUCAGCUUAAUAUAUAAACUGUCUACUUAUUUA